UCAAUCAGUUGGUUAGCGCUACACGGUUUGAUAGGCUCUGCCUGAUGAUGAGCUCGGAAAUGGAGAAAUUUGCAAUUGGUACUUUAGUCUUCGAGGAGUGGCCAACAGAGAUAGAAUCCGGAAAUGCAGUGUGCUUUUCAAUCGAGGUGACUUAUCGUGCAGCGGCAGUGUAAAUGGCAGACACUGGAGGUGAAUCACCCGGGCCCAGCGCGGGGGAGGAUGGCGACCCUGCCAUGCGGGUCUUGCGCAUCAGUCAGCUGGACGCUUUUGAGCUGGAUGGGGCCUUGGAGCAGCUUGUUUGGUCGCAGUUCAGCCAGUGUUUCCAGCACUUCAAGCCGGGCCUGUUAACCCCGUUGGAGCCGGAGCUGAAAGCGCUGUUGCAGCUGCUGCUCUGGCGCUUCACCGUCUACUCCCAGAGCGCCACGGCCGGCCAGGCUCUGCUCAGCAUCCGCUAUAACCAGGGCCAGGUCGGCGCCGGAUCCGGGCCACAGCCGCGCCGCAGUCGACUCCUGAGCCGGCGGCAGAAGCUGGGGUUGAUGCUGUGCUGCGUGGGGGGGCGCUGGCUGAAGGAGCGCUCGCACUCUCUCUUCCUGCGCCUGCCCGCCGACUCGUACGGCCACGCGGCCCGCCGAGCCCUCGCCCUCCUCACGGGCCUCGCGCGCGCCGCCAGCCUGCUCAACUUCCUGCACUUCCUGCGGCGCGGCGUGUACCCCACGCUGGCCGAGCGGCUCCUGGGGGUCCGCGUGGCCUUCAGCCGGCCCCAGGGGGCCCACCGAGACGUCUCCUUCCACUUUGUCAACCGCGAGCUGCUGUGGCACGGCUUCGCAGAGUUCCUCAUCUUCCUGCUACCGCUGGUCAACGUGUGGAAACUCAAGGCCUCCGUGUUGGGGCUCUUCUCCCCGCUGGGGCUUCUCUCCUCUGAUGCCCAGCAGGAGGGGGCGUCUUCGGAGGACGCGGGCUGCAGAGAGUGCGGCCUGUGCGGCGAGUGGCCCACCAUGCCUCACGUGGUGGCCUGUGGACACGUCUUCUGCUACUACUGUAUCAAGGCUCACAGUGUGGCGGACAUGUACCUCACCUGCCCCAGGUGCGGCGCGGACGUCACCGAACUGGAGCCCCUGAAGAUGUCUGUGGAGAUGAUGGACCUGAGUCAUCAUUAAAGGUGCACUGUGUAAUAUUUUUUAGCAUUUUCUGUCCAGAAUUCAUGCUGCCCAUUCACAAAUAUUACCUUUUUCACAAAUACUCAACAUCACCAUCAAAUUUUAAGUAUUCAUUAUGUCUGGGAAAAUUGCUUUUUCAUACCUGAAAAGUUGGAUUUUUCUCGAUGUCCGCCAUUUUGAAUUUCCAAAAAAAAUGUUUACCUGCAAAACUUACUGUACUUUGGUAAGUAAAUGAUUUACCCUAGUAAAUAAUAGUAUAUUAUUUUGCAAAUAUUCAUGAAAAGAACAAAUUUGGCAAUGGGCAGCACCGUUACAAUGAGCAGUAUAGUUGCAAUUCCUAUUUUGGUCACAAUCCUACACA